GGCGUUGGGGAAUAUUUUCCUGGUUUGAAUGAAAAUGAAAUCCCCGUCUCCUUGUUACGUCUUCCUGGUUUCAUACAUAAAUAGUAUCAGAUCUAAUUUGAUUUACUAAUCGCUCGGAAACUUCCACUACAGUAGCAAUAAUGUCCAUGCGAGAUGUUAAAUUGUGUUUACUUGGUGAUUCUGGUGUCGGCAAAUCAAGCAUUGUGAUGAGAUUUGUGGCCGAUCAAUUCAAGCCAGCACUAGAGAGUACAAUAGGUGCCUCAUUCAUGACAAAGACAUUGUUGGUGGAUGAAAAUACAUACAAGUUCCAGAUUUGGGAUACUGCUGGACAGGAGAAGUAUCGCGCUCUGGCACCAAUGUAUUACAGAGGAGCAGCGGCAGCCAUCAUUGUGUACGAUGUCACGCGAGAGGGAACAUUUCGCGCAGUGAAGAGUUGGGUGCAGGAGUUGAAGCGACAGGGAUCACCCAAUAUCGUCUUGGCGAUCGCCGGUAACAAGUCUGAUCUCGAUGACCUGCGCGAAGUCCGCACCAAGGACGCCCAAGACUAUGCCAAUGACAUUAAUGCAAUAUUCUGUGAAACCAGUGCCCUGACAGCAACUAAUGUGCCCAAACUGUUUAAUUCUAUAGCAAAAAUGUUGCCACCAGAAGAUUUUUCAAAGGCGCUGUAUGGAUCAACAGUUAGGAUUAAUUCAGCAGUAAAAUCCAAAAAGACUUCAAAAAGAUGCUGUGGCGGAACCCAGGAGACUUGAUGAAGAUCAGAGUUUUAAUGAUCAAAAUCAGACCACUGUCUUUCAUCUAAACAUUGCUGGCUGAUCGUGUUGGCUUCCUGGCCAUUAAUUACUAUAUUUGCCCUGAUAGGGCAGAACAGCUAGAGUUCGUCUGGGUUUUUUUGUAGUUUGAGAUAUUUGAAAAAAACAUAAUAAUCAUGAUGGUCAUGAGAACCAAAAGUGUGGUGUGAUAUCUCAAUGCAGGUCCAUAGCCAGGAUUUUGAGACGGGGCAGGGGGGGGGGGGGGGGGGGGG